CUGCACUUGGAUGUUUUGUCACUUGAAGACAUUGUUGAGCUACAACAAUGCUACGCAAGGGUAUUACGGAGAGCUUUGGAGCUGCUAUCCAUGCCCUCAACACCACCCAGCUGACAGAUGGUGUGAUUAACCGGAGCAAAAGGAUGAUGCUGGACACCCUGGGUGUCGGGCUGUUGGGAACCAGGACAGCUGUCUUCAACAAGGCGCUCACAUACAGCCAGUUGUUCACGUCUGACGAGAGGAGCAGUGUUUGGGGUAAAUCAGAGAUAACUCUUCCUCCUCAUUUCGCUGCAUUUGUCAAUGGCAUCGCGGUUCACUCCAUGGACUAUGACGACACCUGGCACCCUGCUACUCAUCCUUCAGGAGCUGUGCUACCUGCCCUGCUGGCCCUCGCAGAGACACUGCCCAGCCAGCCCUCCGGUCUAGACCUGCUGCUGGCCUUCAAUGUUGGCAUCGAGGUGCAGGGCAGACUCCUGAGGUUCUCCAGAGAGGCCUACAACAUCCCUGAGAGGUUCCACCCUCCCAGUGUUGUCGGGGUGAUGGGUAGCGCUGCAGCCUCAGCGAAGCUCCUGGAUCUGUCCCCUGCACAGAGCAGUCAUGCUCUGGCCAUCGCAGCCUCCUCUGCUGGGGCGCCCUUGGCCAACGCUGCCACGCAAACCAAACCUCUCCAUAUUGGAAAUGCUGCUCGCAAAGGCCUGGAGGCCGCUCAGCUGGCCCAGAUGGGACUGGAGGGGAACCCAGCCAUCUUGGAUAUAAACCGCGGGUUUGGUGUUUACUACAAGGAUUACAGUCCUUCAGCAAUGGCCCUUUCUGCUUCUAGUGACUUUAAAUGGAUUCUGGAAGAUCAGGAUGUGGCCUUCAAGCGCAUCCCCGCUCACCUGGGGAUGCACUGGGUUGUGGAUGCGGCGCUGGCAGCCCGCGCAAAGCUUGAAAACGCAGUCGGGAACUUUGACCUCUGCCAGAUAAAGCGUGUCACACUCAGAGUGCCUCCACCCAAGUACGUCGACUGCCCCUUACCCGCCACAGAGCACCAAGCCAGGCACUCAUUUCAGUUCAACGCCUCCUCCGCCCUGCUGGAUAACAAAGUGACAGUGUCUUCCUUCAGUGGAGCUCAGAUCAACCGGCCUGCUCUGAAGGAGCUCUUGUCCAAAGUGGAGGUGGAAACCCCUAAAGAUAACCAACCCAGCUUUGACAAGAUGUACUGCGAGGUUGAGAUAGAAACAGAGCAGGGGCAGAGUUACGUCGCCAGAUGUGAUACCUUUUACGGCCACUGGAGGAAGCCGCUGAGUCAGGAGGACCUGGUGGAGAAGUUCAGUGUUAAUGCUUCUUCAGUGUUGUGCACAGAGGGAGUGGAGGGCGUGAUUGAUGUGAUAGGAAACAUGGAGAGAGUGAGAGAAUGCUCAACUUUAGGUUCAUACCUGAGAAUGACAAGUAGUCAACACGAGCAGUUACACAGCAUAGAGAGGUUGUGAUUAUACAGUAAUUGAUGAAGCCAGUGUGGUGAAUGUGAAGUCAUUUAACAUUUUUAAACUUUUCCACGAGAAUCAUAAUGUAAAUAUUUUAUAUUCAUCAUUUUCUUCCAUGGAGUAAGAAAUAAAGUGAACUGCAAAAGUGAA